CAGUAUUUACAGUUUCACCAAAGAGAGCAGAGGCUAACAUUCAAGAUACUGUCAGUCUUACUUGCUCAUCGAGCAAUUCAAGUAACUGGAAGUGGUAUAAGGACAAUAGUCCGAUUGUAUCAACAACAAAUCUACAUAAUAUAACAAUUAGGAUAACAGUUGAUAAUCAAGGAUAUUACUAUUGCGGAGGAUUUGGAGCUGGAGAUUAUAGUGCAACACAAAAGCAUUCAAACAGAGUCCUAUUGCUUGUAAAAGGUAUUUUAGUAUUUCCUGUUUCUUUAACUUUUAACCGUGACUUUGAAGACGAUCUUUAUGACCCUUCAUCUACGGCUUUCAAAAAAGAAGCGUCUAAUAUCACUAACUAUUUGAGCGAGAGUUUGUCGUUGAACGUAACAAUUCAAGUACGUAGCUUCUCUCCUGGCAGUAUCAUUGCUGAUGUCAACUUCUACUUGUUAAACACAGACACUUCUUUCUAUGAUCAAUUUUUGGAAAUGUUAACCCAGGAACUGAUUAGAAUUGGAAACAACUCUGAUGGAAUUCUGAACGUUGAUAGUAUCGUAAUACGCAGCACAGUAACGUGUUAUGGAGAAGUUUAUGGAAAAUUUACGUUUCCUGAUGCCUUAGUUAGACAAACUGUAUAUUCAGUAGAAAAAUGUGAUGAGUGGACAGUAAAUUAUGAACUGCAAAAGGCUAGCCGAUCAUGUACUGGCGAUGGAUUUAGCGCAGCAGAAUGGGACGAACCUGUAGAGGCAGACUGUGGAAUGAACGCUACUACCGAACAAUUGUUAGAACGUUUAACUAUGGUUAACGUCACAAUUGAGAAUGUUAAAGAGGUGAGCAAUGAUGUGGAAGAUAUUACAACGGAAGCAGAUAUGAUUUCUGUGGAAGCUUUACAAAGUACUGCUGAAAUUCUGGAAGAUAUUCUAAACACAGAUUCUGAUUCUAUUGAGGUUACCAACUCUGUUGUUCAGGUAGUUAAUAACUUGUUCAUCGCUGAAGAAGCAAUUUUGAUGCAAAGUCAACUAGAGGAUCAAGCCCCUACUAAGAUUGUUGAAGUUCUUGAAGAUCAACUGAGUCUAGUGGAGCUAGAUGAUGAUAAUGUUUAUAACGAAGUUACCCCCAAUCUUGCAGUACAGGCUCAGAAAGUUAAUGUCAGCCAAGCAAGCCAAGAAGAGUUGAUUUACUUUACAUUUAUAUCAGAAUCAAGUGCAAAUGGUGUAGGUGUUGUUCAAGGGAUCGAUGAUAACGUGAAAAUACCUGAUCCUGCCAAUGUGUCAAUUGCUGUGCCAACUGGUAUAUCUGACGUUAUCAAAGAAAAAAAUAUGACCGAUUUCCGUAUUGUAGUUAUUGUAUACAACGACAGUAGGUUGUUCCAAUCAGCUCAGUUUGUUAAUGAUAGUUCAGGUCGCAGACCGAAUAGUCAAGUCAUUUCUCUGUCAGUGCCGGAACUAGAUCGCUUUGAAUUGGAUGAGCCCAUCGUUAUAACGUUUAUUCCACUUGAGAUAUCUGAUACAAACGAGAAUACAACUUGCGUGUUUUGGGACUACAGGCUUGAUGGUGGAAUAGGGGGAUGGUCACCCGAGGGUUGUACGUUCGUAAAUGGAUCUGCCGAUGGGAGCGAUAGACAGUAUUGCGAGUGUAAUCAUCUAACUAGCUUCGCUAUACUAAUGGAUUUUUAUCAACGAGAACCGCCUCCACCAGCGUCCACUGUUGUGACUAUAGUUGGUUUAAGCAUAUCAAUUGCAUCUCUUUGUUUAACAGUUUUUACCUUUUUAUCCAACAAAAAAUUUCGGAAGAGUGUACCAAAGCAAAUUCUAUGUCAGCUGUGUCUGUCUCUACUUGGUCUGUACAUUGUCUUUCUUGCUGGAAUUGAUCGAACUGAAAGCAAUACAGGAUGUAUUGUAGCUGGGGCUUUGCUCCAUUACUUCUUGCUGUCAUCAAUAUUCUGGAUGAGUGUUCAAGCUGUAAAUAUGUAUAUUUUGUUUGUGAAGGUCUUCAAUACACAUAUACCACACCUUUUUAUAAGAGCUUGUUUAUUUGCAUGGGGUUUACCAGUUCCAAUUGUUAUGGUGUCUGUAUUAAUUGAUAUUGAUACCUAUGUUGAUUCGAUAAAUAAUUGUUUCCUGACUCUUCAACGUCUGUAUUAUGCUGUUGCAGUUCCUGUCGCCAUAUCUUUACUUUUCAAUGUGAUUGUUUUUAUUAUGGUGCUUAACAAUUUAAGCCAGCUUAAGAAAAAUACAAGCAAGGUUUCAUCAAAAGCAAAGAAAAACAGAACAAAAGGAAUGCAAAUGUUACACAAUGUAGUCAGCAUUACAACUGUUUUGGGAUUGACAUGGCUUAUUGGCUUCUUUGCUAUCGGUGAUGCAUCAGAAAUUAUGCUGUGGCUAUUUUGUAUUCUUAAUUCUUUCCAAGGGUUUAUCAUCUUUAUAAUGUAUUGUGUUAGAAAUAAGGAAGUAAGAACUCAUUGGAGGGAAAUGAUUCACAACGCACCUAUUAAUUCAAAACGUAUUAGAUAUUACUUGUCUGGUAAAAACCAAGCAAAUUCCGAACUUGUAAGGACCCCAUCCACUAAGCGAAGAUCAUUAUCCAACUCACAUUCCUUUUCCAGCAAACAUAGUCGCAGUGAUAGUAGUGAAGUUAAGCUCGGAAGGCACUCGUACACGUCGGAAAACGUCAUUUUAAGAGGCUAAUAAUAUUUACCCGUUAGUAUUUGAAUAAAUGCCAACAUUAUUUACUUUGAAUAUGCAAAAACAAAAUAAAAGACAGACACAUUAUGCCAUAGGGGACAAUUCAAACGUUAGGUGGCCUGGUAACAACUUGUGAGCGGAGCAUGAAUGCCAUCGGUUGGGCUUAGGGGUUCAAUGCCCUUAAUAAAUUAACAUUCUUAAAGUUUUUUACACAUUUUACGGUGUAACGACCAAAAUUAAUAAACACAGGAUAAACGACAGUUAACUGGUAAUCUGUACAGUAUCUCACCUAAAGUCAGCCUAAAAUUUUGUCAAAAUCAUAUAUUCAAAUAUGUUUGUUUUGAUAACUGUUUUAGCAGUCAUUUGCUAAGUGUUAUGCUCAUACUGAUGUGUGUGUAUUACAUUUAGCAGUGCGUUCAUAUACUAAUUAUGUUCCUGCAGUAUGUGCUAACACACAGCUAACGAGACGUCACGCGUUCGGAUACGAUGAAUAACUAUUUUAUUGUGUUCGAAGAACAAUGUAAUGUUAUUUUGCUAUACAUUCGUCAAAGAAAUAAACAUUUCCUUAAGCAUUUAAAAGAAUACACUAGGCCUUAUUCACUUUUUGGUCGGUGCAGACAGGUCAAAUUAUGUGAUGAUUUUAUAUAUUGGGUAGGAUACUUUCUAGUCCUACGACUUGGUGGCCUUUUGCUUAGUCCAAAAUCUGAUUUCGUUCGUUGAGUCUUUAAAAUAAGUUUAGAAUAAUCCUAUUAAAUGUUCAUUCUUUAGGUUAUUAUUAUUAUUAUUAUUGUUAUUAUUGUUAUUAUUAUUAUUAUUAUUAUUAUUAUUAUUAUUAUUAUUAUUAUUAUUAUUAUUAUUUAAUAAUAAUUAUAUUCCAAGGAUAGUCUGACCAGAUUAAUAAUACCAAAAUGAUAUAUUUAAUUUAUUAUUAUUAUUAUAAUUUGAUAAUACUCCUCUUAU